GUAACUUAAUCAUAAUACUCAGCUACCUAUGAUUCAGACAGGUCUCAUCCAAAGCGCGCACAAUGACUUGGUGACGGACGUCUCCUAUGACUUCUACGGCCUACGACUGGCCACCUGUGGUCUUGACCAAAGAAUCAAAGUCUGGCAAAUAGACGAAACCAACGGCACCUGGCGCGUCGAGGACGACUGGAAGGCACACGAUGCCGCAAUCUCACGCCUCUCGUGGGCCCAUCCAGAGUUCGGGACCAUCAUCGCCUCCGCGUCGUUCGACCGCACCAUCAAGGUCUGGGAGCAAACCGCGGGCGAGAUAGCCGCGCAGCCGAAUGGCUCUGCCUCAAGUCCAGCAGGAGGGUCGUCGUCAACGAGGUGGGUGGAGCGGGCGUCGCUCGUGGAUGCGCGGGGGACCGUGCGGGCUGUCGAGUUCGCGCCGAGACAUUUUGGGCUUAAACUGGCCUCCAUCUCGUCCGACAACCACCUCCGGGUCUACGAGUGCCUCGAGCAGACCUCGCUCGCGACAUGGCAGCUCGCAGAGGAAGUCGACGUGCUCCGCCUCCCGUCCUCCUCGUCCCCAUCUUCGCACUCCGUCGCGUUCGCGACGCCCACGCAGACGCAUGCCACGCUCGAGGGCGCGUCUGCGUCGCUCGUCGCACAGGCGAUCCAGCAGUCGCAGGCCCCGCCGGCGCCGGCGCCAUCCGGCCAGCUAGCCGCGCGCCCCGGGCUCGGCAACAGGGAGGCGGACGGCGGGUGGGCGCUCGCGUGGUGCAAGGAGCGGUAUUGGGGCGAGGUGCUCGCGGUGGGUGCGGGCACGGGUGGGGCUGUCAAGAUCGUCCAGCUCUCCUCCUCCCGCCGCCCAACCACCCUCCUCACGCUCGACCCCGCCCCGCCCCUCCUCCUCCCCUCCUCUGCGUCCGACAGUGGCGCCGCUGGCGCAUCCGGUGGUACACCCGGCGGGGCCGCUGCGGAGGACACAUCGGGGCGCAGCGCGAUCACGUCGAUCGCGUGGGCGCCGUCGUGCGGGCGAUCGUACCAUCUGAUCGCGACGGGCGGGCGUGACGGGCGUGUGCGCAUCUGGAAGCUCGCUCCGCCCGCUGAUAGCGACGCAGGGCUGGGCCUGGGCCUGGGCGGCGAGAUGGAUGUGGACGGGUCGGAGCUGGGAGGGGGCGAGCCGCGGUGGAGCGGGAGCGUUGUUGCUGAGUUUGAUCAGCAUAAGAGUGCGGUGGGGCGGGUUGAGUGGAAUAUUACGGGGACUUUGUUGUCGUCGGCGGGCAAUGACGGGCGCGUGCGGCUGUGGAAGGCGUCGGUGGGAAACGUGUGGAAGCCGGCGGGGAGCAUCGGCGUCGAGCAGGGUGAGGAUGCAGCGGACGAUGUCGAUAUGGACGGGCAUCCUGCGUCGAACUAG